GAUUGCGUAAACAUUCGCCCCGAUUACUAUUCUACUUACGAACAGGACGACGUUGUAUCAGGCGAGGCACGUCCAAUAGAGCAAGUGCCGGACCCCGUGAUCUUUUUCCCGAGGUGCCUCGGCCCCGGCUCGCCCCACACGUUAAAGACCUCCGCAACUCGCUCCGCACUUUCACAGUCUGGCCUCUAUCACUUUCACCUGCUUCUAACGUUCAAUUGAAUUCUACUGUACAGCACAUCUUCACCAUGACUGAGCGACUAAAGUCCAUCGUUUCGCAGCUCUCGCCGUCCCAGAGCGGACUGAGCGCCAUCACCACCAAGAAUCCCGAUGAUAUUGUUAUCACGCUCGCGGUGCGGACGCCGCUCGCCAAAGCACACAAGGGCGGCUUGAAGGACACGCCGCUAGAUGGCAUCCUGGUCAAGCUGCUGAAGCAGGUCAUCGCAAAGUCGAACCUGGACCCGGCACUUGUCGAGGACAUCUGCCUGGGCAAUGUCUCCGACUCCAAAGCCGCGUACUACAUCCGUGCCGCCAUGCUCGGUGCCGGUUUCCCCAACACCACAUCCGGCUCCUCGGUGAACCGCUUCUGCAGCUCCGGUCUCAAGGCCGUGCAGGAUAUCGCCAACCAGAUUGCCACCGGCUCCAUCGAGAUCGGUCUCGCCAUGGGUGCUGAGUCGAUGACCACUGGCGGCGACCGCCUCGAGCGCCCUUUCUUCGACGAGAUCCUGGAGAGGCAGGAGGCUCGCGACUGCAUGCAGCCCAUGGGUCAGACCUCGGAGAACGUCGCCAAGGACUUCAACAUCAGCCGCGAGAGGCAGGAUCGCUAUGCGGUUGAGUCGUACCGGAGAGCCGAGGUUGCGCAGAAGGCGGGCUGGUUCGACGACGAGAUCGUGCCGAUCCAGGUCAAGGUGAAGGAUCCUAAGACCGGCGAGGAGAAGGAGAUUACCCUCACCAAGGACGAGGGCCCGCGGUACGGCACCACAUUCGAGGGUCUGCAGAAGAUCAAGCCUGCCUUCCUGCCGCACGGCGACAGGUCGCACGGCGGAAACUCGUCGCAACUUACCGACGGCGCCGCCGCCGUCCUCCUUAUGAAGCGAUCAAAGGCGCAGGAGCUUGGCCAGCCCAUCCUCGCCAAGUUCGUCGGUGCCACCGUCGCUGGACUUGCUCCCCGCAUCAUGGGUAUCGGUCCUACCGUUGCCAUCCCCAAGCUGCUCACGCAGUUCAACCUUACUCUCGACGACAUCGACCUGAUCGAGAUCAACGAGGCGUUUGCCUCCAUGGCAGUGUACUGUCUCGAGACUUUGAAGAUUGACCACUCUAAGCUCAACGUUCGAGGUGGAGCUAUCGCAUUGGGUCACCCGCUCGGAUGCACGGGCGCGCGACAAAUCGCCACAGGUCUCAGCGAGUGUAGGAGACAAAAGAAGAAGAUCCUGCUCACGUCCAUGUGCAUAGGCACGGGCAUGGGCAUGGCUGGUCUCUUUGUCAACGAACAGCUAUAGAUAUUAUUACAAAGUUAUUUAAAUGUUGUACAUCA